GCGAUUCUCUAUUCGUUAUGCGAAACACAUGCAAACCAUAGGCAACACAACUGGUGAUCCCCUUUCAGCUCUGGAUGUGUUGGCUGUGUUUGUAUUGAGUAUUAUAUGAGUUGGUGUUGUGGACAGUCGUAGUCGCGAUUGGGAUACUGUGCCAGUGGUUUGUGGUGCGCAUGAAUCGCACGAAUCGCUGGAUCCGUCACUCUUUGGGAGUAAUGCAUUGCUUUUGCCUCCUUUUAAAAGUCUCUGCAAAAACAUCAUCGGAUCGCUUGUGAACUCCACUCCUCUCUAAUACUAUUAUAUUUCGAUUUUCAUUCGGAAAAACUUGUUUUACAACAACUCGAGAGAUGACAUCCCUGUCCACCGCUACCACCACUACCAGCCCUCAGCCCUCUAAUGGCAAGAAUCACAGGACUAUCACUACCGGUGAUAACGAGUUGAAUACAAAUGGAAAUGUGAUGUCAAGCGAAAUAUCAUCGGCCGAAGAGACGGGUGUCACGAAUCGACUCAUGGCUACCGUAAACGACUCGUCAGAAGUACCGGCGCUGAACGGAACGGCCAGUGAUAGUGAGAAUCCCAACACUAAUAAUAACGGCGCGAACGCAGCGUUCCUGCAGUUAGUGUCUGACGAUAGAGAAUAUUCUUGCGGUUUGUGUUCAAUACGUCCGAAAUGGUUGCAACGGUUCGCCAAUAAACAGACAUUUUUGGCCAUAUUUUGUUUGACGAGUGUUUUGCAGGGCAUGUAUUACACAUACUUUGUGAGUGUAUUGACCACAAUCGAGAAACUAUACCAAAUCCAGUCCAAGACCACAGGUAUGAUAAUGUCGGCCACAGAGAUCGGCCAAAUCGGUGGCGCCCUAUUGCUCACGUACUACGGCGGUCACGGACACCGACCCAAAUGGAUCGCCUGCGGAAUGUUGAUCUUCGCCUUCGCCUCCAUUCUGUGCUCGACUCCGCACUAUCUCUUUGGCAGUGAUGUCGGCGCCACUGACUCCUCAUUAACGCCAUUCACCAGCAGUUCAAUGGAUUCGUUAGAAUCCCUAAACAGUGCAAAACUCCGUGAAUAUAAUACCAAACUCUGUGUCUCUCAGUGGCCGUCAUAUGCCGCGGGCCUAUCAUCACUCACAUCGCACACCACUUCCAUAUCGGAAUCGCCGUUCUUUCGGACAAACACUUCAUCUACUAAUUGGGGAUCAAAUGGUGAACCAAUGAAUUGGUCGGCAAACAACCAAAGUGUGUCCAAAUGUGAUCGCAAAGAAAUUAUUAAUAACAAGUCACGCAUUACUAACACAGUGUUGAGUAUAUUCUUCGUGAGUCUUCUGCUCAUAGGAAUCGGUGCCACAGCUGUCAACACACUCGGCAUCCCUUAUAUCGACGAUAACGUCGCCCCAAAGGAAUCUCCUCUUUAUUUUGGCACUUCAAGUCUGACACCAAACGAUCCGCAAUGGAUAGGCGCGUGGUGGUUGGGAGUGUUUAUUGUGGGCACAUCUCUAGCGCUCACCUCAUUCCCAAUGAUGGUGUUUCCCCGAAGACUACCUCAACCGGACCCGUCCUCCUACUGUCAUAUACAACAGCAAAACAAUCUCAUCGAACAGCAGAAGCUAUUGAUGGCCACAACGAAUGGCAAAUUUAAGCACCAAUUGAAUAGUUCUGAUCAAAACAACUCCACAAACAUUACAAUUGACAAACAGUUGUCGGAGACGUUGGACACAGAGAUAGCGCUGAUUCUCAAGAAUAACAGGAAAAAUGGAAAGCCGUCUCUCAAAGACUUUCCCACAGCUAUGAAACGAUUGCUGCGAAACGAUAUACUCUUGUGUCGGACGGCGUCCAGUGUAUUGCAUAUCCUGCCGAUCGCAGGAUUGUAUACUUUUUUGCCCAAAUAUCUCGAAAGUCAGUUUCAGUUGACGGCCACCAAAGCCAAUAUGAUAUCGGGAAUGGCCGGCAUUUUUGUGAUGGGAAUCGGCAUCUUUGCCAGCGGUUCGUUUAUGCGCAAGUACAAACCAAACGCCAGAUUUGUCGCCCGAUGGAUUGCAUUGGCAGCUCUGCUCUAUGCCAUCGGAAUGGUUAUACUUAUGUUUCUCGGCUGUCCUCUCAAUAACUUUGUUGGUCUCAAUGUCGACAGUGAAAACCAUGAAAACACAUCACUAUUGAGCUGUUCCGAAGAGUGUUCGUGUCCUACCGGCCAAUAUUCUCCGAUCUGCACGAGCACUGGCGUCACAUACCUGUCUCCAUGUCUGGCCGGUUGUACUUCUGUUAACUCAUCAAAUAAUGAAUUUAUAUAUUCAAAAUGUAAAUGUCUUGCGCCGAACGUGACGGCCAAGAAUGGGUCGUGUCCUCUAGAGUGCAAUAACCUCGUCUGGUAUAUCGUUAUCUUCUCAUUCUUUGUCUUAAUUCACUCGACAUCAGAGGUCGGAUCGAUGUUACUUACGCUCAGAUGCGUUGACCCACAGGACAAAGCCAUGGCAUUGGGUCUUAUAUCGUUUGCUAUCGGUCUCUUCGGUAACGUUCCCUGUCCUAUAAUAUACGGGGCAGUAGUGGACAGCGCGUGUCUGUUUUGGGAGGGAGACUGUGGUAAACGGGGCGCGUGUCGUGUCUACGAUCCGGUCAAGUUUCGGCUCGUGUUUCACGGCGUGACCGCUCUUAUAAUGUUUGCCGCUUUCAUUGUGGACGCAAUCGUCUGGUAUAAGGCGCCAGAGAUUCAGUUUAACGAUGACAUUAAGCCAUCGAUGGUCACCAAUAAUCACAACAAGAAUGAUAACAACGCCAACGAAGAGAACGCACCGAAACCCGACUCCGAGUCCAUACUUUGAUUGUUCACAU